GAGCUGUCCUGCACCAUACAGCUGCAAUGGGAACUGCAUGACCCUGCGCCCCCAGUUCAAGCAAGAGGGCCAGGUAGUUAGUGGUUCAGCCCUUCAUUGCUGCGAGGCAUUGGCUGCUGAAUUCCUGAGUGUCUGGACUCGUUGGAUCAGUGCCAUUUACAAGGAUUGAACAUUUUGUUGAAGAGAUUUUCCUGGCUGUGCUCAGUCGUUACCAUUGUUCCUUCUCAGAGCUGAUACUGUGAGGAUGCAUUCCCUGGACGAGCCCUUGGACCUGAAGCUCAGCAUUUCCAAGCUUCGGAUGAUGAGGGGCAAGAAACAGAAAGUUUAUGAGACAACUGAGGAGAGCAGUGCCCGCAGAGAGUUGAAGAUGACAUCUGACAGGACAGCCAUCAUCACACCAGCAUCUCCUCAAUCCAUCCAGUCUGGUCUGUCAAUCAGUUCCAAGGAUCAGGAGAAGUUGGACUUGCAUUUCUCUCCUGCCCGGAGGUCAGACUCCAUUGUGGAUCUCAGCUUGUCCCCAGGUUCUGGCCUUGACUCUCCCCCAGGAUCAGCUGCACUGCCUGAGGAGCUGCAGAAUGGUGACGAUGUGUCACCCAGUGUCAGUACUGAACCACAGCCAAUCCGCUUUCUGGAAGGAAGUCAGGGUUCACAGACAUUGCAGUUUUUCCUGCCUUUGGGUUCCACCAGCCCAGUGCACCUCCCAUCCCCUUUACUGGUGACACCUCCGAAAGAAAUGCACAACUUGCUGGAGCUCCCCAUGGAACAGCUAGCAUGCAGGUGGCACAAGUGUAACCAGCUCUUUGAAUCACUCCAGGAUCUGGUGGACCAUGUGAAUGACUUUCAUGUAAAACCAGAGAAGGAGACCGGUUACUGUUGCCACUGGGAAGGCUGUGCUCGGAGAGGAAAGGGAUUUAAUGCCAGGUACAAGAUGUUGAUUCACAUCCGAACUCACACCAACGAGAAGCCCCAUCGCUGCCCGACCUGUAACAAGAGCUUCUCUCGCCUGGAGAACCUCAAAAUACACAACCGAUCGCACACAGGUGAGAAGCCCUACAUCUGUCCUUAUGAAGGCUGCAAUAAACGAUACUCCAACUCCAGUGACCGAUUCAAACACACCCGGACACAUUACGUGGACAAACCAUAUUACUGCAAAAUGCCUGGCUGCCAUAAGAGGUACACAGAUCCCAGCUCCCUCCGCAAGCAUAUCAAAGCUCACGGCCACUUCGUGUCCCCAGAACAACAAGGAAUGCUGAAAAUUCGACCGUCAACCAAGAAUCCAGUACCAUCAGAAAUGCCUUACUUAAACGGGACACAGAUUAUAAUUCCCAAUCCAGCUGCCAUCUUUGGAAAUCAUCCCCUCCAGGCAUUGGGAACCUCACUGCCAAUUCCAAUACAUCCUACACCUCUGGACCUCAGCCCGUUGACGUGCAGCACUGUUGGAUCUGCUGCAAUCACAGCCAUUCCUAGCUCUGUCAUUUCUCUCAAUAGCACUCCAAUAAAUUUAACCAAGACAUCUUUAAUGGCAUCACCAUUUUCAGCAAGUACCCUUGGACUUCCACUGAUGUCUUUGGUGGCCGGGUCUCAUGGCACCCUUGGAAGACUGUCAACAUCAAAAGGGAAAACAGCAGGUUGUAGGAAACGGGAUGGGACAGUCAAGAAUCAUCCUUCAGACAAAGAGUUACAGGAGAGGGUUGAGGCUCGACUAAGGCCAACAACAGAAAGCCUCUCAAUGCUCCCAGGAGCUGUGAUAGACUUGUCAAGCAGCAUUAACACCAUUCCUGCUGCUGACUCUCUGCCUCCUGGCUGGGUGGUCAUUCCUCCAGGGUCAGUAUUGCUCAAACCAGCUGUUGUAAACUGAAUUCAGUCAAGCCACUACUGCGGUGGUGUUCACUGACAGACGCAAUGAAUCGACCAAGCAUUGGUUUGACAUGUUUGAACUGAGAUUAAACAAAAGACAAGAUAUUUUACCAAACUUGCGCUUUGUCGAUGGACACAUUGACCAAUUUUAUUUUAGUCUUCAGACCAGAAGUGGAUGAUGGAGAUUGACACGUUGAAAUCUCAAGGUAGCAAGUGCAGGUUUCACUCCAGGGAAAGAUGCUUAGCGUCUCAUUGCCUAGUCCUUCCCAAUGCAAAUCCUAUUGAAACGAAGACUCAAAGCCAGCAUAAGGCUGAAAAAUAAUCAGCUCUCAAUUAUGUGUUGUCGAAGAGGUGACACUAAUUAUAAAUGGGGGCACUUCUCAGCUCCUCUGGGAGCUUAGGAAUGUUACCUUAUGUUACUUUAAGCAUCAAGCGUCUUUUUGUUAUGUACCAAAUUAUUGAGAUAGAUCAGAACAUUUAACAAUAAUGAGAGCAAAAUAAGAAAUCUGUCAACAGAUGAGGCUUAAGACUGUAGUCAAUAUGGCUUAGACAAUUUCAGAUCAAUUCCAGUGAUGAGAAUGAAUGGAUUUGGCACCAGAACAGCAAUUAGGGUCUUGGGGGGGGGAGCCUGUGGGGUGGUUAGGAGCAAUAGUGCACACAUGACAGUAAACAUCAGAACUCAUGAUCCAGCUAAUCAACUUGUUCCACAGAGAAGUACUUUGCAUUGUAAUCAACCCAGUCAAGUGGGAUUUCUUAAGAAUACUGUUCAUUCAGCCGGCUUAUCGAAAGGCUUGGUAAACAUCAGCAUAAUUAUCAACAUUUCACCAAGAAUUGAAGCAGUAAUUUUUUUUUGUCCAAUUCUUUCCCUCUUACAAGGUUUGAAGAAAUUAUUUACCUUGGGACAUAUAUUAUGAGCAUUAAAAAAUUAGACAAAUAUCUUUGAAAAUUACAUGUAUGCAGUUUAUAUAAAGAUCCACACAAAGUAAAUAUUCACAUAAAAGUGAAUUCCAUGACAUUAUGUACUAAGUCAAAUACCAAAAAAAGGGUAUUUGGAGCAGUGUGACAGGCAAUGUGCACAAGAAACAGUGAUAGUUACAGGAAGUAUAGACUAUAUGCACGAUUAUUAAUAUAUAUUAUUGAUAUAUAUAAGAAUCUCCUUUAUUAGUUAUUUAAGAUGUAGGUGCCUGUGUGAAUUGAGAUUGUCAUUGAUAGAGAUUUGCUCAUGGUAUUUGCCAUUUCUGCAGUCAUUCCUUCCAGAGCUUUUUCCCCUGGAAUUGUACGGUACUGGAGACCAUUCAACUCAUUAUGACUCUGUACCUUUUUUGCUAGUGCAUUCUGAAGCUCUCCCACAAGCCUAUACUGACAUCGUUAUUGUAUAUCAAUCCCAAACAAAUGUCACUGACCUACUUUCUCUCCACAACCUUCUAUUGCAACAGUCUUCUAUUGCUGCUAGCGAUGAAUCUUUCUCUGUGUUGCUGUUGAAUGUUCGACAUGAGCCAUGAAGGUCACUGGGAAUGAAUAUUUUCACAGGAAUUUUUUAAAGGGUUCAAACAUAGAGCAUUGAACAGUGCUUCGGCCUUCGAUGUUGUGCCGACCUUUUAUCCUACUCUAAGAUCAAACUAACCAAUAUUUUACUAUCAUCCAUGUACCUAUUCAAGAGUUGCUUAAAUGUCCCUAAUGUAUUUGACUCUACUACCACUGCUGACAGUGCAUUCCAUGCAUCCACCACCCUUUGUGUAAAGAACCGACCUCUGACAUCUCCCCUAAACCUUCCUGCAAUCACCUUAAAAUUAUGCCCCUGACGAUAGCCAUUUCUGCCCUAGGAAAACGUCUCUGGCUAUCGACUCUAUGAUUUGGUGGAGCUGGUGUUGGAUUGGGGUGGGCAAAGUUAAAAAUGACGCAACACCAGGUUAUAGUCCAACAGAUUUGUUUUGGAGCACUUGCUUUCAAAGCGCUGCUUCUUCACCAAGUGGUUGUGGCAACUUUGAGGGAUCUGUGGAUGUGGACACCAAGAUCCCUUUGUUCCUUCACACUGCCAAGAAUCCCCGUAAUCCUCAUUCAAAUUUUGUCCUCCAAAAUGAAUCACUUCACACUUUUCCAGGUUGAACUCCAUCUGCCAUUUCUCAGCCCAGCUAUGCAUCCUGUCAAUCUCCAUUGCAGCCUACAACAACCCACCUCACUAUUCACAACUCCACCAACCUUUGUGUCAUCGGCAAAUUUAUUGACCCACGCUUCCACUUCCUCAUCCAAGUCAUUUAUAAAAAUCAGAAACAGCAGAGGGUGCAGAACAGAUCCCAGCAGUCACUGAGCUCCAGGCUGAAUACGUUCUAUCUACCAACGCCCUCUGUCCUCUAUGGGCCAGCCAAUUCUGUAUCCAGAAAGCCAGAUUUCCCUGUAUCCCAUGCAUUACUUUCUGAAUGAAUGUACUAUGAGGAACCUUAUCAAACACCUUGCUAAAGUCCAAAUACACCACAUCCACUGCCCUACCUUCAUCAAUGUGUUUUGUCACAUCCUCAAAUAAUUCAAUAAGGCUUAUGAGGCAUGGCCUGCCCCUCACAAAGCUAUGCUGACUAUCUCUAAUCAAAACUAUGGUUUUCCAAAUAAUCAUAAAUCCUGUCUCUCAGAAUCCUCUACAAUAACUUGCCACCACCAAUGUAAGACUGACUGAUCCCAGGGUUAUUCGCUAUUCCCUUUCUUGAACAAGGAAAUAACAUUUGCCACCCUCCAAUCAUCUGGCACUAUUCCAGUGGACAGUGAGGACGCAAAGAUCAUCACCAAAGGUGCAGCAAUCUCUUCCCUUGCUUCCUGUAGUAACCUUGGGUAUAUCCCUUCUAGCCCAGGGGACUUAUCUAUUUUCACAGUUUUCAAAUUUUCUAGCACAUUCUCCUCCUCAACAUCAACCUGUUUGAGCAAAUCAGCCUGUUUCGCGCUGUCCUCACAAAUGACAAGGUCCCUCUCACCAGUGAAUACUGAAGCAAAGUAUUCAUUACGGACAUCAUCUCCCUCCUUCGUCUCCAGGGACAAGUUCCCUCCACUAUCCCUGAUCAGCCCUACCCUCACUCCAGCCACUCUCUUGUUCCUCACAUAAAUACAGAACAUCUGUUUCAAAGUUGUGUCUUUCUGAAAAUCUAACUCCAGUUCACAGAACAAAUCCAUUCAUGUUCAAUUCCUAGCACAGUACAACAAUUUAAAGGCAAACACUGAACAAAUAAAAAAAAAUCUCUAAGUGGACUUUUUGUAAUCUUGCAUUAAUUUUCAAUCAGCUAAGUAAUCCCACUGCUGUAUUCCCUUUCCAUAUUAGUAUCAAUCCAAACUAAUCUGCUGUCCUAGUAUCACUAUCUUCUUUGGUUUCAAACAGUUAUUCAACUUUUUCACCACCCCUUCACUGCCAUCACUAACUAUUGAUGUGGACGUGCUGGUGUUGGGCUGGGGUGGACAAAGCCAGAAAUCACAUGACGCCAGGUUAUAGCCCAACAGAUUUAUUUGAAAUCACAAGCUUUCGGACUUUGUCAGGGCAAGUCUGUCUUAACCUGGCAAAGUGGCUGCGCUCGAAAAGCUUUUGUUUUCAAAUAAACCUGUUGGACUAUAAUCUGGUGUCGUAUGUUUUCUGACUUUAUCACUAAGUAUUGUCACAUUUGAUGAAUCAGUUAUCAGGUGGAUAGGAAUGAGCUGUUCGGAGACUAGUCAAAAUGUGUGGUGCUGGAAAAGCACAGCAGGUGAGGCAGCAUCCAAGGAGCUGGAGGGUCGACAUUUUGGGCAGACGCCCUUCAUCAGGAAUGCUCCUGCUCUUUGGAUGCUGCCUGACCUGCUGUGCUUUCCAGCUCCACACUUUUAGACUCUGAUCUCCAAGAUCUGCAGUCUUUACUUUCUCUUAAUCUCUGAACAGGUCAGUGACAUGCUGCUUUUAUAUUUUACAAACAGAACUGCUCCUACAACUUUUAAGCGGUACAUGGUUUUCUUUGACUAUUUUAAUGAACUCUUACUCUGUUUUUUUGUUGAAGCUAGCUGCUAAGUAGGACAAUAGGAUGCACUUGAAUUUAUCAUUUAGUAAUUAUAAAAUCAAAAAAUCUUUGACACGUGUUAUUUUUACAUUAGUUCCCAUUCAAUAUCAUUCUGACCUCAAAGGUAUUUUCAGUUUAACUACUGUACUCACCACUGGCAAUUAUGCCCUUCAGCUCCAAAACCCCUCCUCUGCAUUUCUCUCUCUGAUCUCCCCUAAACUUAUUUAAGACACUCCUUAAAAUCUACCUCUUUGACCAAGUGUUUAGUCAUCUGCCCUAUUUUGACAAUGGCUCCUGUAAAGUGCCAUGAAACUAUUAUAGAUGCUAUAUAAAUGUAAGUUGUUGUCAUAGACCAGUGCAUUCCAGUGGAGUAACUUUUAAAUUUGGGUUUGAAGGCCAGUUGACCAGCACUACUGUCAUUGACUAAUUGUAAAUAUGAGCUGUUCUCAUUGGGAACCAAGAGACCACAUAUGCCCAGACAUCACAAUAGUAAAGCUUCUCAAAAGCAAACAGACUAGAGUCACCACGUAGGACUCAUGUGGCUGGCUGGAGUCUGACAGUGUGAAGUUACGUAGUAACUAUCUUUAAACCACCAUUGCUUUAUCUAAACAUUCACAUCAACUAAGUCAAUGGGGUGGCUACCAAGAACUGUCAUCUUGAUACACAGCUUAUCUUAUUACACAGUUGACUUACAAUCCAAUAGAAAGUAGCCCCUGGAUGAAGGACAUUUUCAAUAAAAGUACAGUGAGGCUACUCAGUUUAGUAGCUAAUUACACUAGAGCACAAAGGAAACUGAGAGAACCAGUGGCAAUAGGAGGUUUAUGUCUAAUCCAUCAAUACUGUUACUUAAUGACAACCAUUGGUGGGCAACAGCACAAUGAAGACUGAUGGCAAAGAGCAUCACUCAACUCAAUAGUAUUCCAGUAUAAUCCAACUCUGCUUCCAUGUUGGUGGAAGACAAGAUCACUUUGUUGCAAGGUGUGUAUGUGACAAAGCAUACAUUGUGUGUGCAGCUUGCCAAACCAUUUGUAAACCUCUGUUUGUUUAUAUGUAGUUUAUUAAUUUUAUUCUGUGCAAGACAAAGAAACAAUUAUCUUUCUGCAGGCUGUGCAUUGUUAGCUGCUGUUGACUGGCCGGAGAUUCCAGUAGGUCUGGAUUUUUCUCUUCCUCCCCUCAUAGUAUUAAUAAGCUAAAUGAUAUUGGAUUAAGCUUUGUUCAAGGUCAGCUGUACAGUAUGUGAACUAUCGAACAAGGUCCAUUUGGGCCUGGAUCAGAUUACUGCACAUUCCACAUUUGCGCAACAGUAUUUUUAACAUGUUGCAAGUGCCUUUUUACACUAGAAACUAAGUAGGUGUGGCUGUCCUGAUGGAGGCACACUGAGUAGCAUUAGUUGUUAAGGCUCAAGCUGAUGCCAUGUACUGAAGUCCUCUUAACAGAGGAACAUUACAAAAUUUGAGGAAAAUCAUCAAUAAAGUUUAAUUUGUUAACUUA